CACAGUCUAUAUCGAACACAACUAGCAUUUCUCUCUUCUUCUUCAUUUGCCUAUUUUUGGUUUCCAUAAAGCUUGCUUUUCACUUGUGUCUUUUCAAGUUUCUCUCUUCCUUUUCAUAGUACUAAUAUCGUUCAACCAUUUACAAAGUACCAGCUCGAUCAAAGCCUAAAUUAUUACUUAGUUUCACUGUGUGUGUAUGUGUGAGAGAGAAAGAGAGAGAGAGAUCAUCAUAAGUGUGUGUAGCAGCUAUAUACAAAAUGUCUAGCAGAAGGUCGAGGCAGCCUGGAAGUUCAGCUUCAAGGAUCACUGAUGAUCAGAUCAAUGAUCUCGUGUCCAAGUUACAGCAACUCCUUCCUGAGCUUCGCAAUAGGCGCCCAAACAAGGUAUCAGCUUCUAAGGUUCUGCAGGAGACCUGCAACUACAUUAGGGGCUUGCACAAGGAGGUGGACGACCUAAGCGACCGACUGUCCCAGCUAUUGUCUUCCAUAGAUGCUGAAAGUCCAGAGGCUGCCAUUAUUAGGAGUUUGAUCAUGUAAUCGUAGAAGACUAUUAGUGUGCUCUACUAGUUCCUGUUUAAUUUUGAUUCUAGGGUUUGGUUUAUUAGGCCAACCAAGUGAUAGAACUUAUAUAUAUCUAUAUCUAUAUAUCUAAGAUGUCCCAUGAUGAUGCAUGGUGUAAUUAAGUUGUAUAAUAAAAGGGCUUUUGUACUUGCAAAGCCUUCUCUAUUAAUGAAAGUUAUUUUUCUUUGUUUUCACAUUAA